AUGAGUUUGUCGUUUUAUCGCCUUCAUCGAUGCUUGUUGCAGCAUAAUCUGCAAUCAGUGCUCCCCAAGCGGCGGUUGACGUACGCCGCCGCGUCACGGGGCUUCUCAUCCAACAGCGACAAUGAGCAAAAGAAGCAGGUGGUCGUCCUAGGGACCGGCUGGUCGUCGUUAUAUUUUGUGAAGAAUCUCGACCUCACGAAGUUUGACCUUACCGUUGUAUCUCCGAGGAACUAUUUCACCUUCACGCCGCUCCUUCCGAAGCUUUCAGCCGGUAAGAUCUCGCCGGUGACGUGUACGGAACCUUUUGCGGCGUUUAUGCAGAAGCACAAGCGUGGCAACUUCAACUUCGUACAUGCCCGUUGUUUGGAUGUCAGGCCGGAUGAGUAUUACGUGGACUGCGUGUCAGUACAUGACGCAGAGAGGAAACUGUCGAUACCGUAUGAUUAUCUGGUUGUCGCUGUAGGCGCUGAAUCGAACACUUUCUCCAUCCCCGGCGUGGAGGAGCAUGCCUACUUUCUGAAGGAGGUGGAACACGCGGAAUCCAUCUACCAGAAAAUAGUCUCCAAUUUCGAAGCCGCAUCUCUUCCCAACACGAGCGAUGAGGAGAAGAGGCGCUUACUGCACAUGAUCGUCGUUGGAGGUGGGCCGACAGGCGUUGAAAUGACGGGGGAGGUAGCAGUGCUAUUCAACAAGUAUAUGGCCAGAACAUUCCCGUCGCUGGCUCGCUUUGCAAAAGUCACCAUAGUGGAAGGCGGGCAGCGUUUACUAGCGACUUUCGGCGCCGGGAACUCGAGAUUCACGGACCGUGUUUUGCGGAACAAUAACGUCAACGUGAUGUUGGGAAAGCAGGUCUGUGCCGUCGGAAAAGACGAUUGCACAGUGAGGGAUGUGGUCACUGGAGAGACUGAACGACUACCGUGCGGCAUGGUUGUCUGGGCAAGCGGCUUGAAGUCAUCUGAUGUCGUCGUGCAGAUCCAAAAACAUUUUAAAGAGCAGGACAACCCUCGAGCGCUUUUGGUGGACCAAUACCUUGCCCUGAGAGGCAGCGCAGAUCGCAGCAUUUUCGCAGUCGGUGAUUGCUGCAAGGUAACGCCCGACAAGCUCGCCGACAGCAUCGACGACGUGAUUCAGAGCAUCGGCAGUACGGAGAUAAACGCUUUACUUAAAUCCCGAAAGGAGUUGGUCAAGCGAUUCCCGCAGUUGGCGUCCAACAAGCUGAACACCAGCGAGAGAGCUUUCAAAGAAUUGUGCAAAAGAGUAAGACGCAGUAGUGGAACCGAUCGGGAAAAGCUUCUAGAAAUCAUGGAACACAUAGACAACAACUACGCGUCUCCCUUCCCAACUGCGCAAAAUGCGAAACAGGAAAGCUUGUAUUUAGCUGAAGCUUUCAACCGUGGGUUCGCCGCGUCCGACUCUCAUGCUUUCAACGAGGCGUGGAAGGGCUCUUUGGCAUCGAUCGGCGGCAGAAAUGUAGUGGGCAAUUUCCCCUAUUUCCAGCUCAAUGGGGGUAUUACUACACUCAUUUUGUGGUUGGCAGUAUAUAUACGGAUGUUCUCCAGCAACAAAAUGAGGUUAUCAUACAUAGCUGACUCCGUGAUACAGAAAAUUUGCGGCAGACACAUAAUUAGCAAGCAAUCGGAAAACAAUCGGCGCUAA